AUGGAAGCGGCCUAUCACGAGCUGCAUUUGGCGGAGUUGCGUGGCACACAAUUAGACCACCCUGAUCGUCACGAGCAAUCUUCACCCAGCGUUCCAAUUGAGAUUGAUUUCAAAUACUCCAUAAACCACAAGGUUUUCGACGGCGAUCUAUCCGAAGACGGAACCAUAACCGGCCUAAUCCUUAUACACCAAUAUGAUCCUCAAGUGACAAUAGCAAAAGCCACGAUAGAAGAUGUGUGCGGUUUAGAAACCCGAAACGACGUCAAGCGUUUUCUUUCAGAGAAUUUGUCCUUGCUUGGAGUCGACGAGGACCCGCAGGAUCAAUUGGUGGAAAUGAUUAUAGAAUUCGGUUGCAAAAUUCGCGACUUGGAUUCGAACAAGGGGGCUAAAGUACUGCGAUUCAGUGCUCAUAUAAAAAAAGAGCAUAACUGGAUUCACUCCGAGAGGGUUCCGAAAGAAAGAGAACUUGAGAUGGAAGCGUUGAUCAAGAAAACCCUAAAGAGGGUUAGAGUGAUGGCUGCUGAUGAAGAUGAGGAGGAGGAGGAGGAGGAGGGUGGGAAAAGAAAAAGAAGACGUGUAGUGCAAGAAAGUGAGGUUUGCCCUAUUUGUAUGGAAGAGUUUGUUGUGGGAUCAGAAGAUGUUGCUUCCAUGCCUUGCUCGCAUGUGUUUCAUGGCAACUGCAUAGGACGAUGGCUGAAAGGGAGUCACCAUAGUUGCCCUAUUUGCCGUUUUAAGAUGCCUUGGAUCACAAGGCAGUAUUAG